CUUUGGACGAGCUUUUCGUACGGGGCGUGCUCUCAUUUCCGGUGAGCGUGACGGAAUGUUCGCGCUGGUUUGUCCCAUGACGUCGGCUGCGACUCCCCACUGGCAAGACUGCGCUUGUGUUGUUGUUCGAGCUCUGACGAGAAAAAAAAAAGAUUCAGACAGACGGACGCGUCAUCUCUCGUUCUGUAUUUCUCGGGACAUACGGAAUCGUAUCAAGCAUCACUUGGCUCGUCCGUACCGCGAACAAAGCACUUCUAGACCGCUCCCCACCAUGCAUAACUGAGUUUGUAGCUAAACUGAGAACUAGCUUGUCAUGGUAACGUCAGACACCCCACAUUCGUACAAUUUCACGUCAACUCCACAACAUCCUGCUUCUCAGCUCUUUGGACGAUGUGUAUUCAAGUUUGAAUGGAAUUUGUUUGUUUUCGGCUUUCUCUGUCACAGCGAUGAUCCGUUUCUUGCUUACAUUGCCUGCUAAUUACCUAGCGCUGCUUGACUCUGUGAUCGACUUUUGGGAGUACAAACUUGAUCACUUCGCGAUAUGGGUGCGCAGGCGUCGGAUGAAACGAUGACGACCUUGUGCGGGCAAUGUGUCAGGCACCUGCGGGCUUAUUGAGUCAACUCCAAGCGCUCCGCAACGCUCGAGAAAAGUUCGGCAUCAGCAAACUAGCCUGCGUCUAAUGGCGCAUUCUUUUCGAGGAUCCGAGGAGCGAUUCGGGACAUGAUCAGGUUAUGAUUAAUUGGGCCAAGCCAUUUCAUAGCUGCACUCGCCGAAACGCCGCCCUUCAUCAGCUGAAACGCCGACUUGCCCAACACGACUCUGGUAUGAAGCGUGCGUCGCCUGACACUCAGCCUACCGAUGAUGGAUGAUGAGAGGCCAAUAGCAAUCUUUUUUGUGAUUUUCGGCAUGAGGGAUGUGGAUAGAAACUUUUUGGAACUUCCAACGGGUAGUCGUGAGACAGACGGACCGAACGGCUGGAGGAUAUACGUAUAUUUAUGGCUUGGAGGGGUUAAUGCACUGGACUGUCCGCAGAGCAAGCAAUCAAUUAAUCCCAAAAAAAGGACCCCUGGUUUGCUCACGCGAGCGAGGAAUUGGACUGAGCAUCAAGACAAGGGUAGAGGCUCAGGGCUAAAGCUCGGAUGGCGGACGAAAGAGGAUUGUGGUGGGAGAAGUUCAGAUCACAUCCAAUGUCCAACCACUUCCGUCUUUCGGCACAGGCAAGGAAAGAAGUGCUCUGUCAUGUGUAGGUCGGCCAGCGGGGUUUCGCUGGCGAUGCACAGCGGCACAGAUGGGCAUUGUGGCAAAUUUAAAGGGCGCCGAACAUGGACCUGAUUGUCAAGUGCUCUUUUGUAAAUGGGUUUCAAUCUAAUGAGGAUGUUUGCUGUGUCCAGGUGGACCUGGGGGGUUCGGGCUCAUUUAGAUGGCCAAAGGCAAGUAGCGAAACAGGACUUGGAGGAAGACACGAGGGCACAAGGCAAACAAGGCUGUAUAUAGAGCUGCACCGUGAGUAGGCGGAGGAUAUGACGACGAGCAGAUUGAAAAUACACGUUGAGCGAUAUGUAUCUUGUUCUUGUCAACGCUAGGGUGGAGGUGAGGGCCAGGUUGGGCGGUGGUGGCAACAACUAGGUACUCUUCGGCUCGCACGUCUGCAGUGAAGGACAGUGCAGUAGUGCAAAGGAGAAG